CACAUGCUCUUAUCCAAGCUCCCGGCCCCAGCACCGAAUAUUCUGGCCAAGCCCGGCCGCGUCCUCGCAUACCGCGGCAGCGGGCAGCGAGACCCGUCCAAGCUCGCGUCCUCGACCACGGACGGCGGCGACGAAGACCCCUUCCAAAUCCGCUUCCCGCACGCGAUUCUUGCAGGCCGUUGGGAACUUCAACCCCAACAUCCUCGGCUCCCCUCCCUCGAUGACGCCAAAGAACGUGUCUCAAGCAGCGCCCGGCGUCUCCCCCAUUAUCAGCUCUUCCCGAAACCUCUCCCCAAGGUACUCUGUCUCUAAGGUUCGCUCCAAUUCACCAUUUUAUUUGAUUGAGACGAGAGCGGGGUCAGGUGGCACGCGGUGGCUGUUCGUGGUUGCGUGCUGCUUAUGUACUGUGCAAUUUUUUUAAUUUUUUUUGAGAUAGUUGCUGCUCUGUGCUAGAAGGGAUGAACAGAGGAGAAACAGGACAGGGCUGGGUGUUGUCUGCGCACAGAGAUAUUGAGAUAAUUGGUACUCCCUCUGUAAACAAAUAUAAGAGCGUUUAGAUCACUAUAUUUUAGUGAUCUAAACGCGCUUAUAUUUCUUUACGGAGGGAGUACUAUUGUUGUAGAAUGUUGUGAUGGAAAAUAAAAAAAUAUUCGAUCUCUUGCAAAUGAUGUUGGAUUGAAUGAUUUCUUUCAGUCACAGGAGCCGUCCAAUAUCGUGCUUCUUAUUGGAAAAGAGUCCCUGAUUUCAUACAUGCCAACAAGAAAGAAGACUAACAGUGGGUUGUUAAGGUGAGGGAUUUUUUAGCGUGCAUGCUUUGUUCGUCCGGAUUGGGUGGUGAGUUUUGGGUAUGACAGUGAGGAAUGUUUUAGUGUGCAUGCUUUGUUCGUCCGGAUUGGGUGGUGAGUUUUGUGUAUGACAGUGAGGAAUGUUUUAGUGUGCAUGCUUUGUUCGUCCGGAUUGGGUGGUGAGUUUUGUGUAUGACAGUGAGGAAUGUUUUAGUGUGCAUGCUUUGUUCGUCCGGAUUUUAGCGGCCACUGUGUCGUCCAGGUUGGGGAGGAUGACGGAGUCGGCAUGGCUGAAGAGGGUGAAGCGGCUGUUGGGGUUAAGUGUUGCGAGUAAUUUUACAGGAGUGAGCUUGCUCAGAAAUCUGCGACCGUUGAAACAUGAAAUACAUGCAAAGAUGGGGAAUAAUCAACAUGAUGCUCUGGUCGAGAGAAGUAGAAAUUAAUUAAGCUUCAAGAGGCUGAGACGACUCUUGUAGUACUAAGAGGAAAAAUUAGUUCUGGAAACACCGAUAUCUCUGUACUAUCUAUCUAUGUUCAGCAAAGAAAUUCAUUUUCUUCCUUUCUCAGUCCUCUAUUUUUUAGCAGACCAAGAUGCACAAAAGUGCGGCCUAUAAUAAACUGAAAUAGAAGCAGGUAACUACACUCUAGAGGUAUACAUGAACAAGAGAAAAGAGGAGAACAACGAUCAAUGGAGAAAUGCACUGCGCUGUUAACUGCUGCUACUAUAACACUGAAGUUUUAAUUGCAGGACACCCAUAAAGAAAGAAAGAAGACUUGUGCUAUCAGAAACCAAUCGAAAAGGAGAAGGCAUAAAUGCAGUGGAUGGACUUGACAUUAAGCUGCUUUGUUAGAUAUACCAGGACGAAGGUUAAAAAUCAGAGGGCCUUAACAUCAUGCCAUAGUAUCUCAAGUCGCACUAGAUGAGAAUAUUUCAUGACGCAAAUAACUUGUGUUAGCCAUUCUUGUUUUGUUUUAAUUUUAUGCUUUAUUCUUCGACUCGCUAGGAUAUAGUACAAUUUUCAAUUGUGAGCCUAGCAUCUAGCAUCGAUUUUGACCUCUGAAAUUUUGUUUAGCUGGCAGCACCAGCUGCUUUUAGUGAAAAUCACCCAGAUCUAAGGGUAUAUUUGUCCUUGCAUCAUUGUAAUUUUGAUGUUUUGCUCUAUUAAAUAAUUUAAUAUUGCUUGUUCCAUCUUGACCCUAUUAUGUUGUGCCUAUAUGUGUUUCUUAUGCGGUUACGACGGUGACAAUGUGCCUAAUUUGCUGUAAGACAUGCAGCGUGAUCGGUGGGGGUUGAAAGUGUGGCGAUGCCAAUCUCAGAGACUGAACUUGUUAGGUUGGUAAGAAUUAUUUCAUAUUUCUCUAGCUUUGAGAUUGCGGCUUCACUUCUAGUAUCAUAUCAACUAUAAAUGCAUGUGUUGAUCAUAUAAUUAAUGCGUAAAGAUACCUCACAAAACAAUUAAUGCGUAAAGAUAUCAUACAUAAUAUUAAUGUGCAAUUAAUUUCCUCCCUAAUAUCACAUAUACGCAUUUAUUGCAAUUAAUAUUGUAUAUUUAUUAAUGUGUAUAUAUAAGAAGUGUUUGGCAAGGAAAAAAUGUGGCUUCUCUGGUUCGACCGGAUCCAAGAUUUUGGACUCCUCGAUUAAAAAGAAAGAAAGGUUUUACACUCUUCCGCGGCUCGCAAGCACCUGCUCGGCAUCCACUUGCCGGCCGGCCGCCCCCGUAUUUUCUUGGUCGGGCCGGCGCGGUGUCGUCUCCCCAGGAUCGCCCUGCCGGCCGUGACAGGAGAAAGCAACCGAAAACCAACAAGAGCGGGGGACAGGAAGAUAUCGGAGGCAGCUGCCCCAACCCUAGGUGAGGCCCGAUCGUCUCUCGCUUUGGCUUCGCUCCGUCUUUAGGCUCUCACAGUAAAAGUGUACCAAAUGGACCAUGGGAGUUCCCCAACGAAGAUAUGUAAGUCUGUUGUGGAUGAAGAUAUCAUCAGCAAUCUACCCGAAGCUCUCAGAGACAAAAUCCUUUGUUGUCUGCCAAUAAAAGAAGCUGUUGGAACAUGCCUCUUGUCAAGGACUUGGAGGUACACAUGGGGUUCAAUGACCGAACUGAUGUUCAGGAGAGCUGAUUUCGCUUCAGGAAAUGAUAGUGCAGACGAUGACCACAGAUUUCUUAAGUUCACUGAUAUGUUUCUCUUCCUCCACAACGGCCCAAUUCUGAAGUUUUGCCUGAAUACCGUAGCGAAUGAAAUGGUAUCCACUGGAGGACACCUUUACCGUUGGAUGCUUAUGCUGUCAAGAAAUAAGAUUAAGGAGAUUCAACUUCAGACAAGUAUACGUGACAGUUACAAGGUCCCUUCUAGUUUUUUCUCCUGCGAUGAACUAGAAUAUGUGUAUCUGCGAGCUUGUGUUUUCACUAGUUUACAUUUGCCACCUCCAUCUAAAGGCUUCAAACAAUUGCAUACUCUUCGUCUAGAAUAUGUUACUGUGGAAGGAAACAGUUUAGGGGAUUUAGUAGCGAGUUGCCCGAAUUUGGAGAAACUUAAUAUUCGUGGAUUGUGCAGCCAAUCCAAUAUAAAUAUUCGUUCAACAAAGUUCAAGGUGCUAAAAAUUGAAGGCUGGUUUACACACCUCAAUCUGCAUGCUCCUUAUCUUACUUCCGUAUGGAUCGGACUGGAACUGAAUUCUGACACAGUUGGUGCUUCGACAACCAGAUGCAACUUCAAUCUUUCUCCAUUUAUUGCUUCUCUUUCAGAUGUUGAGACUAUUAGGUUUCAUGGACACAUCCUUGAGUGCGUAGAACGUGAAUUUCUGAUUCUCAAGCAGCCAAAAUUAUUCAACCGGCUGACAGAGAUAAGCCUGGAGAUCAAUCUCGGUGAUCUCAAGGAGGCAAAUUUUGCCUUGUGCUUAUUUCAGCAUGCCCCCAACCUGCGAUUUUUCAAACUAAAGCUCAUUUCCAGGAAUUCCAUGGUACCAAGAGUGCAUUUCUGGGAAUCAAUAGACCGUGAUGUCUGUCUCUUCCAGAACGUUGAACUAGUUGGUCUGUUCGACUUUACUGGCUCCUUUGCGGAGCUAGGCUUCUUGAAAUUUUUACUUGAAGGUGCACCAGUGUUAAGAAAAUUGGGAAUAAUCGACAAGGGAUUGGACAGAAAUGUCCUAAAAAAUCUCCUGAAGCUGAGAAGAGCAUCAAAGGAUGCAGAAAUAUUGAUUCUUGAGGCUUGUUUCCCCCACUAGAAAAAGUUCAGAAUUAUGACUACGGUUUUGGUCUUGCGCGGGUCAACUUCGCCACCCUAGUGUUUUAUCUCUACUCUGUUUCCAUGGAGAGGAUCAAAUCCAACCUCUGAAGGAACCAGUCAAGACCAUUGGAAGGAACGGUAUCAAGCUUGUGUUGGGAACCUCUAACAACUCUACUACUCUCGUUUGGUGCGAUCUUGCAAGACACAAGCUCUGAAGUUUAGGGUAUACAGGCAUAAGUUAUCCCCAUAAUUUGUUGUUGAAGUUACCGCGUGCUCCUGUGGAAAACAGUGUUGCCUCAGGAGUUGCUUACUUGUUGUGUCAAAGUUCAGAAAGAAAAUGUUUGGCAGUUCAUAUUGAUCUGCGAAAACGUCUUAUAUUUAGUAUCAGAGGGUGUACUUUACUAGGUCGUGCUCGUUCUGUUUUGAACUGUUGCCGCCAUUUGAGAAUGCAGAAAUUUGCACCUGACGCA